AUGAUCCCUGAAACCUUUUCCUACGGAACCAACCAUGUCCUCCAAACCGUCACGGUAACCACCUAUUCGGCUCUCCCCGACCAAGGCUAUUGGGUAAUCUGCAUCCACGGCGGAGCCUGGCGCGACCCCAUCCAAACAGCCCUCACCUACCUCACCCCGGCCGCCUCAAUUCUCACAGCCUCUGAACCCUACUCCUCGACGACAUGCACUCACCUCGCCGGCUUCGCCUCCAUCGACUACCGCCUCAGCGCGCACCCUGACCACCCGCAGGACCGGAACAUCACCAGCCCCAAGGAAUACCGCGACGCCGUGCACCCGGACCACCUGUCAGAUGUGCAGGCUGCGCUGGCAUUCCUGCAGCGCAAGUACGGCUUCGGGGACCGCUACAUCCUUGUCGGACAUAGCGCCGGCGCGACGUUGGCGUUCCAGUCGGUGAUGGGGCGGUUUCGCGGGAGCGGGAGCAGCAGCGUCGGCGAGGGGGGAUCGGUUGCGAUGGGUCCCCAGGCGAUCCUGGGGAUGGCGGGAAUAUAUGAUCUGAGACUCUUGCGGGACGAUCAUGAGACUAUCACGGCGUAUCAGCAGUUUAUCGAGGGGGCGUUUGGGAGCGAUGAGGCGCUGUGGGAUGAAGUUUCCCCGGCCACAAUGGUACGGGAUCCACAGGAUGGGCUGGUAGGCGGGUGGACGGCGGGCCGGUUGGCGGUGUUGGCGCAUUCGGCGGAGGAUGAGCUGGUGAAUCCGCGUCAGCAAGAGGUCAUGGGCGAGGCUCUGAAGUCCUGGGUUGAGGCGUCGGCGGCGUCUGGCACAGGCCCGAGGAGGGUGGAAUUGCUGCCCAUCAAUGGUGCGCAUGACGAUCCUUGGGACAAGGGAAAGGAGCUGGCGCGGGCCAUUGCCUUCACGCUCGAGAAGCUGCUGGAGCUGCAGGGAUGA